AGCUCACACAGAUAAGCGGCAAGGCAGCAUGAAGCUUCACGGCACCACCACCCUGGCUCUCAUCCUCUUCCUCCUCCUGGCCUCCUCCUCCCUCCAGGUCUCCAUGGCCGGAUCAGAGUUCUGCGACGGCAAGUGCGCGAUCAGGUGCUCCAAGGCGAGCCGGCACGACGACUGCCUCAAGUACUGCGGGAUCUGCUGCGCCGACUGCAACUGCGUGCCGUCGGGGACGGCCGGGAACAAGGACGAGUGCCCCUGCUACCGCGACAAGACCACCGGCGAAGGCGCCCGCAAGCGGCCCAAGUGCCCAUGAUUUCUCUGUGGCGCUCACGGUCGUCACAGGCAUGCGUAUAGACUAAGUAUACACACAUGCAUGUAUACCGUGACUGAUCGAUCGGCCAUGGAUGUGUCAUGUGUGUGGGCAGAUCUGUGCGCUCUGUUGCUAGGUAUCUCGAAUUCCCGGCCUUUGCUAUGUAAAUGAGAGCGUGAGACAGGUCGUGGAGCUAUGCUAAUACUGGCCAGGUGAUAAUAAUGCUGUGUAUUGUAAUAAAGCCUUGGCUUGGGAGAUGA